AUGACGGGAGGAAGACACGUAGUCUUCGACAUCGUCGGAACUUGCAUCAGUUACGACGCCUUCUUCGACGCUCUCGAAGAACGCUUCGGCGACAGACUCCGCCAGCAUGGAAUCCCGCCAAAGCUGUUCGGCCUCCUCAUCCUCGAAGGCGGCGAGCGCGAAUGCCUCUUCUUUCAACUCGCGAGACAGCCAAUUCUGUUCAUGGAUAUGAUAAAGCCAAUCUUCUACCGUAUGCUCGCCAUGUGCGGAAUCCAGAAGUCCCAUGACUUUGCUUCUGGCGAGGAUGUAACCUAUGUGGCGGAGAGCUAUCGAAAGCUAGGAGCUCGCGAAGGCAUUCAUGACUGUAUGACUCGUCUGAGACGGGCUGGUUUCACGAUUUGGGCCCUGACUUCUGGAGAUAAGGCGCGAGUGCAAAGCUAUCUUACCACAGCUGCAAUCGAUUUACCAUCUGAGAACUUCAUUGCCUGCGAGACCAUCGGUGCAACAAAGCCGCAGCCGGAAGUCUACGAGUAUGUAUUGAGACGUCUCCCGGAAGGGACGCAGCCGUGGUUCGCAGCAUGCCAUAUGUGGGAUUCAGCCGCUGCAAAGCGUAGUGGGUGAGUAUAGCGACCGCUUUCAAGAGGUACAGGGCUGACUUAUUACGCCAGCUUCAGAUCUGCGUGGUGCUCGGGUUGGGAGAAAGACCCUAUGUCAGAGGUCUUUGGGGAUAUUGAUAUCGUGGCCCACGACCUGCCAAGUAUGGCAGACUCCAUAAUUUUGGCUAGCACUUGA